CUGACUAUCAUCAAAAAAAGUAUUUUUUGGCUUUUUUUGUGGCAAUCUGAGUAGAUUUCCGCCAUGAAAAACCUGCUCUACUCCUCUAGUCUCUUAAUCUUUAUCAUCUUCCUAACGGUACCGCAAGUUAUGAGUGUAAAUCUCAACGGGUCCUUAAAAUCAACAGCUGAUUAUAUUUCUUUCCCGAAGCAAUUUACAAUUCCAAAGGCCUAUGAGACUUCGGAACUAGGAGUAACGCUAACAUCAUGGUGGAGAACGUUGCUUGCAGUAUCACCAUCGGGAGGAUAUUGGUAUAUUGGAGCUAGAAGCACAGCUCCCGUCACCAUUGAAGUAAAAAAGUUGGGUGCAAAAGAGUUUUCGUUUGCUGCCACGGUCUUUCCAGACCAACCAAUUUCUCUACCAUAUCCCAAAUUCACCAUGUGGGAUGAUUUGGUCGUCAAAAUUAACUCCGUCGGUGACAGAAGCAAGAUUGUCCCUCAACAAACCAUAUAGCAUCGCUCAUAGCGAAUUUGUUGUUGUUUCUGUCCAUCACUUCUGUCAUCUCAACCAAUCUUACCUUCAUGCUAUACCAUUUCAAUUAAGCAUUUUUUUAAAUUAAUUCUGCUAUCUUUUAUCCG